UUGGGCGUGGGCUGCUGCAUUCUGCAAUCUCCCUGCUUUUCAGUGAACAUUUGUUCGUUGCGUUCUGACCUCACCGGGAGAAAUGAAUGCAUGCUCACUGAAUGGGGCAUUUCCAGCUACAGCAUUGCUUGGCGAAGAUUAAAACGAGGCAACGUCUGAAUUUAUUAUUGCAAAAGAGGGGUACAGGCAGCUGUAGUGAGGCGGAAAGGAUCUGAUCACCAGCCAUUGGAUUUUAACUGCUUGGCGUGCUGAAUAUAUUGAGAACAUUUUCAGGACCCCAUCCUUUCGGCUAAUUUUGAGAAGAACGCUGUUUACUCUGGACAGGAACAGAGAGGAUGACGGAGUACAAGCUGGUGGUGGUGGGAGCAGGUGGUGUGGGCAAGAGCGCACUCACUAUUCAGCUCAUCCAGAACCACUUUGUGGACGAGUACGACCCCACGAUUGAGGACUCCUACCGGAAGCAGGUGGUGAUCGAUGGGGAGACAUGCCUGCUGGACAUCCUAGACACGGCAGGCCAGGAGGAGUACAGCGCCAUGCGGGACCAGUACAUGCGGACCGGGGAGGGUUUCCUCUGCGUUUUCGCUAUCAACAACACCAAGUCUUUCGAGGACAUCCAUCAGUACAGGGAACAGAUCAAGCGGGUAAAGGACUCCGAUGACGUUCCCAUGGUGCUGGUGGGUAACAAGUGUGACCUCCCAGCCCGGACGGUGGACACUCGGCAGGCCCAGGAGCUGGCCCGUAGCUACGGCAUCCCCUACAUAGAGACCUCAGCCAAGACACGACAGGGAGUGGAGGAUGCCUUCUACACUUUGGUGCGGGAGAUCAGGCAGCACAAGCUGAGGAAGCUGAACCCGCCGGAUGAGAGCGGCCAGGACUGCAUGAACUGCCGCUGCGUGGUGUCAUGACCGGGUCCACUGAACCCAAGGCAAGGGGGUGUCUUAAAGAGCCGUGCAGCACAAUGGACUUGAAGUGAAGAGGGACUACGAAAAUAUGAAAAGGACGUGUAAGAAAAGAAGCCAGGGCAUCAGACUGACU